AUGACUUUCGGCGUUCCAGAAACUAUUGUCUCUGACAAUGGAUCGCAGUUUCGCUCUGAGGCGUUUGAAAAGCUCUUGAAACAGUAUGGAGUAAAACAAAUGUUCACCGCUGUUCAUUCCCCUCAAGCGAAUGCAUCCGAACGAGUUAAUCGCUCGGUAAUUUCGGGAAUAAGAGCUUACUUGCGUCCAGAUCAAAAGGAUUGGGACGAAAGCUUAAGCAAAAUAUGCUGUGCUUUGAGAUCGUCCGUGCAUUCGAGCAUCGGUACUUCUCCAUAUUACAUGGCUUUCGGUCAGCACAUGAUUACAUCUGGGUCGACAUAUGCAUUACUUAGUAAGCUAAACAUGUUGGAUGAUCGAUCAUUAGUAUUUAAUCGACAGGACUCUUUUGAUUUGAUCCGUAAGAAUGCAUGUAAGCUGAUGCAACUGAAGCAUGAUGUGAACGAGAAGCGUUACAAUUUGCGGUCAAGAAUAAUAACUUUCGCGCCUGGACAAGAAGUGUUCCGUCGAAAUUUCAAGCAAAGUUGCUUCCAGACUGGCUAUAAUGCAAAGUUUGGUCCUGCAUUUGUAAAGUCGCGAGUUCGUAGAAAACUCGGCAACUCGAAUUACGAGCUCGAGGAUUUGCAAGGCCGUUUGCUAGGCAAUUAUCAUGUCAAGGACAUUCGACAAUGA